AUGCGUUUCAAACUACGCAUUCUCGAAGUUGCCACUUCACUUGGGAUGGCAAAUGAUGCUUGGCAUCAGCGCCAUCCCUUCCGUGCUCUUGGAGACACCAGGAAAGUCCUGAACAGAACCUCCGACUCUAAAGACGAAGCCACCUUAAGACUUGCCGAUAUUAAAGAAGUUGUUGGCAUUCCCCAAGAAUGCAACGACGACGUCGUUUGGGUUGAGAAACGUAGCCACGGGGAGGGUGUAUGGAGAGAGCUCCUCCUUCAUCCUACACCGGCGGUUCGUCAUUAUUUAAUCUGUGCCAUUGGUAUUCAUUUCUUCCAACAGUCGUCGGGUAUGAACGCUGUCGUUUUGUACAGUCCCAGGAUCUUUGAAAAAGCCAGGAUUACAUCUGAUAACCUCAAGUUACUCGCAGCAGUAGCCGUCAGAUUUCUCAAGAUUCUUUUCAUCUUAGUGGCUACAUUUUUGCUUGAUAGGAUCGGACGGCGGCCGUUGCUUUUGAGUAGUGUGGCGAGUAUGAUCCUGUCCCUUGCCACCCUCAGAUUCUCUUUAACGGUCAUUGAUCACUCCCACGUAAGGUUACCAUGGGCUGUAGGAUUAGCCCUCACCACGGUGUUAUCAUACGAUGCAUUCUUCUCGAUCAGAAGGGGGCCCAUCACGUGGGUCUAUAGCUCAGAUAUCUUCCCGUUGCAGCUACGCGCUCAGGGAGCGAGUAUGGGAGUUGCAAUGAAUAGGGUUGUAAGUGGGGUCAUGGCAACGACUUUCUUAUCCCUUUACAAGGCCAUAUCAAUCGGCGGAGCCUUCUUCCUUUUCACGGGAAUAGCAACGGUAGCCUGGCUGUUCUUUUAUACCAUGCUUCCGGAAACACAGGGUAAAACCCUUGACGAGAUGUAGGUCCUUUUCGGUAACUUCCAUUGGUUGAGGGAUUCCAAGCGCAAGAAGAGAAACACUCAACUUUUCGGCAACGGUAACAAAAACAGUGACGGUUCUAGUAACGUUUAGUUAGGGCCGGUGUCUAAGCCCAUUACUAACUAGAGGGUAACUUGGUAAAUAUGAUGCUAUUUUAAAUAUUUUGGUGUAGCUUUCUAAAACGAUAGUGAUGUUUGAGUGAAGAGAGAUGAAGGAGGAGAAGAAAAAAAUGACAAACCCUUAUGCAAUGAAAAAUCAUAAA